UGCAAAGCUCAGAAUUUGCUAGAGAGAGCCUUGAAACACUAUCACUUCAGCUCAAACUCAAAUAACAACUAGAAAAACGAUGGCAGACUAUACAACUUACCAAACAAGCUUGGAUGAGAGAUUCACCUUUGUCAAGCAAGCAGGCAAAGGCACCUACGGAACAGCUUGGAUUGCAGAUGACAAGACCAAUGGAGAAAGAGUGGUUAUCAAAGCUAUUAACAAGGCAACCACUAAGAGAGCUGACUUCAAGAGAGAGUUGAAAUACAGCAAGCAUCUUGGAAAGCAUGCAAACAUCAUCACUACUCGUGACACAGCCUUUGAGACCAAGACCUCCUAUGUAAUGGUGCAGGACUUUGCAGAGGGUGGAGAUCUGUUUGAUGCCAUAGAGCCUGAAGUCGGCCUCCCAGAGCACAAAGCAAGAAAGUACAUUUACCAUGUUGCAAAAGCUGUCGAAUUCAUGCACAGCAAGAAACUAGUCCACCGAGAUAUCAAGCCUGAGAACAUCGUUCUCGGAGACCAAGAAGGUUCUUUUGUGCAGCUGAUCGAUUUCGGAAUGACGCUUCGAUUUGGAACCCAUGUACCACGAGUUUGUGGAAGUAUCCCUUACACUUCUCCCGAGAUCUGCAAUGCUUCCGACGAUACCGGCUUCUUUGUGGACUCCUCGUGUGAUGUGUGGUCAGUGGGUGUUCUCCUCUUCUGUAUGCUCACCGGCAGCUUCCCCUGGGAACAGGCAACACUCUCAGACCCAAACUACUACGAAUUCGUACAAUGGCAAAACGGAAUCACAAUCAAACCCCCUCGAAUGUGGCAGAAAUUCUCCCCCAAACUUCUCUCUCUGCUCACUCGUCUCUUGGCCAUGGACCCCCAAGACCGAUGUGCCAUCAAGGAGGUGUACAAGUACAUCAACGACCCGUGGUUUAUCAGUGCAAAUAUCCCCCUUAGCGACAGCGGGGUGAACAUCUACCAGCAACUCAACAACAUGAUGGACCUAUCUGAUGAAGAAUAUUCCUAUGGACUAAGUGCUGAUGUCGUAUUUCCCACGUCAACUCACCACUUGCACCUGACCCCCGUUACGGCCUUCUGAACUGACAAUGAAUAAUUCGACUGAACAACUAACUGUCUCUGAACCAAGUCACUCGAACAUCGAAUCAAUCGAGCUACAAUCUGGAGAACUAAUAAUAGCUCAAACUGGGAAGAGCUGUUUUAUUUAUUUUUUAUGACAAUCAACAUGCAGGUAUUAUCAUGAUCAAUCUCAACCAACCAAUCAAUCUCAUUUAUUGUAUAUAUCUUUAAUUUUACAGAAUGUAUUAUAGCUUUAUUUAUUUUUGUGGCUUUCUGGUGCUGGUCACUGGGCCUCUUUAAUUUUUACUGUAACUAUACGAGUGUAUAUACGUAUGUACCAAUAAUUAAAAGAAUAAGAAUAAUUUGAAACAAGAAAA